UUGUCAUAAUUCUAUCUAUUCGUCGUCGGUCGCAGUUUGAUUGAGUUAUAUGCAUUUUAUUUUACGUGAUUUCCUAAGUUGUAUGUUGCGACAUAACGUUUCCAAUUUGUAUGCGGUCGGAUUCGUUGUCAAGUGAUUAGCAAGAUACGUUAUAAUACGUAUAUAGUAUAUUUGCGCAUAUCUUCAUUCAAUAAAGUAUAAUUUAUUUUACCAAACCAUGGAGAUUGAGAUUUUAAGCAACGUCGGCUCGAAACCGCUAGGAAAAAUUCAAGUGCCCGCAGAUGCCACCAUCAAAGUUGUGAAAGAUAAAAUUCAUCAGUCGGUGAAGAAGUCAUUAUAUCCCAGUCGACAAGCCAUAACUCUUGAAGCUAAAGGCAAAUCGCUGAAGGAAGAACAAUCUCUUAAAGAAUUAAAUAUUCAAAAUGGUGCCAAGCUUUAUGUCAGAGAUCUGGGUCCUCAAAUCUCAUGGAAGGGGGUAUUCUUGGCAGAAUACGCAGGCCCAUUCUUCGUGUACCUUUGGGUUUACCAGAGGCCCUGGAUUCUCUAUGGAACUCCUUCAGAAGGUCCCUCUACUGUUGCCAGCGUUGCUGCCAUAUGCUGGUCAAUCCAUUAUGCCAAAAGAUUGUUGGAAACCUUAUUUGUGCACCGUUUCUCCCAUGGCACCAUGCCACUGAGAAACUUGUUUAAGAACUGUUCCUACUACUGGCUGUUCACACUGUAUGUGGCAUACCAUAUCAACCACCCCCUGUAUACACCACCCUGCACUAACUGUUUCUACAUAGGGCUUGCUGGUUUUGCUUUCUGCGAACUAGGCAACUUGAGCAUUCACAUCUUGCUGAAGAACCUGCGCCCGCCGGGCACUAAAGUGAGGCGCAUCCCCGUGCCCGACGGCAACCCCUUCUCCGCGCUCUUCAACUACGUGUCCUGCCCGAACUACACGUACGAAGUCGGCUCCUGGGUGUUCUUUACCGUCAUGACACAGUGUGCACCCGCUGGCUUGUUCGCCGCGGUCGGCUUCUACCAGAUGGCGGUGUGGGCGCUCGGCAAGCACCGCAACUACAAGAAAGAGUUCCCCGACUACCCCAAGAGCCGUAAAGCAAUCAUUCCGUUCAUUCUAUAAACUUAGUCAAUUGCAUUUAUCGACGUCUGACGUCUAAAGUUUUCCAAGUACUACUGUCGUAAAAGUUUGAGUGCUAUCGCACAUGGCGUAUGUAUCCAGCGAUAAAGCUGCGUUUUUCUCGAUGAAUCAAAUACUAACAAGUAACAUAGAAGCAAGUAAGUAACAAAUUUGUUUUUAACCUAUUCAAAUCACCAAAAAAGCAUGAAGUUGUAUUUAAAAAUACUAAACUAACUAACUGCUUUGGCUCAGCGAUCCAAAAAGAAUCUUGGCCUCCGAAACGAGAGAACGCCACCUGUCCCGAUCCAGCGCGGUUUCCUGCCAUGAAUUGGCAUUCAGCCGACGCAGGUCCGCCUUCACGACAUCACACCAGCGGUACCUGGGGCGCCCGAUCGGUCGACGGCCGGUUGGUCGCCCCAAGUACGCUUCCUUGACUACGCGAUCCUCCCCCAUUCUGAGUAGGUGACCGAGCCAGCCAGAUAUUGGAAUGUAAGAAUACAGUGCUUUGAAAUUCGUUCUUUCUAGGUUUUUGGUUUCGGCAGACAUCGGUACUAAAUCGAAGCUAAACGUGUGCCGUUUAGGGCCACACUAGCGUCUUUUGAGAGUCUGCGUCUAGUUAGCGCCAUGGAAAAUGGCGAUAUUGCGCAGUUGCGCCAACGUUGCGUCAAGCAGCAGCCAUAGACGCAGACGCUCGGGAAACGCUAGUGUGGGGUGGCCCUUAGAGUGGUAGUGGGAAUAAAAACAUUGGACGAGAAGGGACAGUUUUUAAUUCAUUAUGUACCAUUAACGGCUAGUUAACGAUCGUCACAAGACUGGCAGUUAAAUGUCAAACGCCUUACGUCGGGAAAUAAAAUACCCGUCGCCAAUUUUAGAAGUUCAAAAGCGACCGUGUGCGAUACCUCUUUAAAAUAUUCAAAUUCUUCGCGUAUGCAUUGCAUUACGGCGGUGUUGGAUAUCGAAGGUGAUGGUUAUUUUAUUUAUUGUAUGCUAAUGACUGAAUGUUGAUAAGAAAUGAUUUGCAAUACGUAGUAUAUUUUAACGUUUAAUUAUUUUUAAGCUCGAAACAUUUAAUUAUUCUAGUAAUAGCACUCAAUAUUUCUGGUGGAAAUAUAAAGACAUUUUUGGUAAAA